AUGGAUAUGAUAAUGGAGUACGGUAGCAUUGAAGAUAUUCCAAUUUAUAAUUGCACUGGAGUAUCAACUUUCGGCAAAAAGCGAGUUACAAUUGGGAUUGUAAGUAUGACUUAUGGCACAAUUAUGUGCAUAUUAUUCUUGCCAUGUCUACGAACUAUGUUGCUACCCGAUCUUUUCAAAUUAUCCUGCUAUAAAAUAAUGUUUUAUGUGGGAGUUGUUGAUGUUUUGGCUCUUAUAAUGAAUUCAAUAUUCACGGGAUGGUUAGCUUAUCAUGGAGCGGUUUAUUGUACAUAUCCAGAAUGGAUUUAUUUGUUUGGAUCCGCUGGUUUGAGUCUUUGGUGUUGCUCGUGUCUCGCAAAUAUUCUACUUCUUAUAAAUCGAAUUCUUCAUUUCAAAAAUCAACAACUCGCUGAAAAAGUAUUUGGUGGACAGCGAACUUUUGUUCUCCUUCUGGCUCCCACAUUUUAUGGAUUGUAUUUCCUAUUUUUCACCAAACCAGUUCUCUUCACAUCUGUUUACUAUGCCUGGUUUUUUGAUCCAUUCAUUUUCCAAAAUCGUGCAAAUGAUUACAUCAAUCUUCUUCAUAGCUUCAAUAACAUUGCCAUAGUUAUUCUAACUUGCAUUUUGUACAUGUAUGUUGGUUGUAUGGUAAUUGGAGAAUGGAAGAAAACUGGAACAACAGUCAAGAAAAGUAACAAUAUUUUGCAUCAAGCUUUGGUGAUUUGCGCGUUGGAUCAAUUUUCGUCAACAGUUUAUGUGGCUAUGAAUAUCAUUGAGAUGCCUGAAUGGACAAUUGUUGUUGCACAAUAUUUCUGGCAAUCUGCACAUGGAUUUCCGGUUAUCACAUAUUUGACAAUGAAUCCUACCAUUAGAUCUAGAUUUUUCACCAUUUUUUUGACAAGACAUUAA